AUGAUCAAAUCUAUUCCAACCAAUUCAAGCAGUAAUAGCAGUAAUAGUAGUAAUAGUAGUAGUAGUAGUAGUAUUAGCAAUAUUGAUAAAUGUAAUAUUGAUAAUGAUAUGCAAACAUUCCUCAACAAACAAGAACAAGAGGAUGGAGAUGGAAAUGGAAAUGGAAAUGGAGAUGGAAUGACAGUGUCACCGACUAAACUAGAGUAUGACCAACAACAACAACAACAACAACAACAACAAGGGUCGACUGGAUGUCAGACAUCCACGCCACCAACGACAACAACUAUUAACAUUGGAACCACGACAGCCGAUGAAAUGGCACAGGUAGAGUUAUUGAUCAGUCAUCACCAUCAUGUUCGUAGUCAUAGUAAUGGUAAUAGUAACAAUAGUAAUAAUAACCAUGGUGGUAGUACAAGUAGUAGCAGUAGUAGUGUCCAAAACAUCAAACUAUCUCAGACACCAGUGUUAUCAUCUGCAUCUACACUAUCACCUCAACACUCUUCUCUAUUGUCUGUGAUGGAUGGUGCAGUAGACCAAACUGAAACACUCAAAGAAGAGUUGAAAAAGAGAUCGAUCAUAGCCAACCAGCUACGAAAGGAAAGGAUGAGAGUAUCAAUAUCAACUGCAUGUAGAGAAAUAAUAGAAUAUAUGGAAAUAAUAGAUGACCCAUUUGUAAAUGAUUAUCACAACAAUCCAUUUAAAAAGGCGAGUAAGGUGACUGUUGACAAACACGCCAAACACAAUGUGGAUGGUGUGUUGGCACUUCGAAACUACAAUGAAAUGAUUGCAUUGGGAAUGUCAAAUUGUAAAUUGGAUCUGGUGCUGCGAGGCAUAAAGACACACAGUGGAGUAAAUGAUAUUGAUAGACACUGGUACAAUAAUUAUAUGGUCGAUUGUGCAGUAUCCGUGUUGAGACUACUCGCCAAACAAGUCGUCGAUCAAAUGAUCAUCAAACAAAAUCAACAACAUGUCCCUCCCCAUCUACAGAGUCAGCAGCUACCACACCCAACACCACCACUACAAUUACAAAGUGGUGUGUUAUCAGAAUCUAGGAGAAACGAAAUCAUUGCCAAACUAUCAAAAAUUAAAGACGAUGCAUACACUGUCAGACCUCUACCACAACAAUCACUAUUGGAUUUGAGAUUAUUUUGGAAUGAUCCAUCUGUCCAAUCUAUUUAUUCAAAUCCAUCAUUUAAACAUUCUUUACCAAUUUAUCUUCAACAUGCAAUAGAAAAUUAUUCGAUUUUAGAAAGAGUAUUUAUUGGUAAUCUUCAAAACAAUAAUAAUAAUCAUAAUAGUAAUAAUAAUAAUAGUAGUAAUAAUUUAAAUAAUAGUAAUAAUAAUAUGGAAAUUAAAAGAUUUGAAGAUAGUGAUAUAUUGGAUCAAAUUAUAUAUUCUAGAAAUACAAUACCAGAAUACUAUGUAAUGAAUGAAAUAAGGAUUACCGAUAUAUCAUCCAUGUUGACUAGUCACCCAUCAUCAUUGACUGAAAAAUGGAUUAAAGAUUUUAGUGAUGCCAAGGCAUUUAUUUGGUGUUGUUCACUUGCAAGUUUCAAUACUACAUCAUCUGAUUUCCCACCAUUCCUCAAUCCAGUCGAAAUAACUAAUCCAUCAUCUGUACUAAAUCGAAAGAAAUUACUUACCCUAAAACCUGCCUUGUCAAAUAUAUCUUUAAAUUCUGAUGUAACAAGUCCAAUACUAAGUCCAAUAAUAAGUCCAAGAAAAGAAUUAAUGAGUUCACCAAGUCUUAAUAGUCCGCCUGUAAAUAGUUUAAUUAAAUCAAUACAACUAUUCAAACUAUUAUCAAGUCAAUCAAAUGUACCAGCCAUCAUUGUUCUCACUGAAAGAGAAGGGUUUAAUGAAAAGAUUAAAAAUGCUAUCGAUUUUAAAACUCUAUUUCCAGACUACAAGGGAACAAACAAGGACAAUCAUGCGAUGAUUGAAUUUAUAAAACAACAAUUCAAUCCACCCAAUGCAGCCAAAUCCGUAACAUUCCAUAUUUCAAACUUUGAUGGCAAGGAAGAUAUCAAAAUAAUAUCAAAUGUAUUGUUUACAAUUCAAACUCAAGAUGUUGUUGAUGUAUUUAUUUAA